AUGGCGUUGGCGGCGGAGUAAGUAAACGUCCGCUUGAUUUCGUCUGAUCAGGCAGUGUUUCACAACAUUUUUUUCGUCUGGUUUUUCGAAUUACCAGGGGCUAGCUCCAUUGCGCUGAUAUUGCACGUCUUUCCUGUUUGAUGAUGUUCUUGUCUCAGGGGCGUGAAUGAGGUCUUGCCUCCGAGUUUGGAUUCCACUGCCGACCCACCUGCGCUGUUCGAUGGGACAACCAGGUAUGGGGGACCCCUUUUGUUUUCUCUUAAUCUCCUUUUUCUCAUUUCAUCUUGUUUAGAUAUUUAUCCAUGUGAUAUUCUCCAUAUGAGGGGGAAUGAACAGAGAUCCUGGCUGUAAUCUGUCAGUGUAAUAUGCAAUAGCCAUGUCUAAUGAUCAUAUUAUUCCAUUUCCCUGAGGGCCAGGAUCUGAAUAUCGCGUCAUGAUAUUGAUCUCAUCAGCCAGUACUAAGUUGCCAUUGUCGACCACAACCUCCAAUAUCUUUCUGCUUUAGGAAUGAUUUGAAUUUAUCUUACAGCAUGCAAAAGCAUGAAAGAUUAUUUAUUAGGCCCACGAUUUCUGUUUCUGGAACGGGUUCUCUGUGUUGUAGGCUCGAUUGAUCGAUCGUUGACUGAUCCAUUUUUUUCUCCUUUUAUCUGAAGGCUGUACAUUUCUUACAUUUGCCCAUUUGCACAACGCACGUGGAUUGCCAGGAAUUACAAGGUAAUCUUCGACAUGUCAUGUCUGAUAUUUCUACGCGCCUUCCUUCAUAGAGUAACUUAGUAACUUAGCAUCUUUGCUAUGCUGGCAUGGACCCCCUUGUGAGAGCAGGGGCUGCAGGAAAAGAUACAGCUGGUCGCCAUUGCUCUGCAGAACAGGCCCGCUUGGUACAAGGAGAAGGUUUACCCUGGCAACAAGGUGAGAGCAUGUGAACUUUGUAGUUUUCUACCAGUUUUCAUCUUGUAGGAUGCGAGAAAUUCCUGUAAUUUAUUAUAUGUAAACAGUGCAGAUUUUUUAUUUUUUUCCCCGUUGACUUUUUCUUCUUGUUUUUAUCUCUAAAGUGCUUUCAGGAACUUUUUUGUCAUUCCUGCAAAUAUUUUCAGAUUCAGUUUGGGAAUUAUUUAAUCCCAAUGGUGCUGGUAUUUAAUGGUUUAAUCUCCACAGGUCCCAUCUUUGGAGCACAAUAAUAAAGUCACAGGCGAGAGUCUUGAUCUGCUCAAGUAUAUCGAAGCCCAUUUUGAUGGCCCUUCACUACUCCCAGAGGUAUGAGGGAUCUGAAUUAUCUUUUUCGAGUUCUAAGAGUGUGUGUGUGUGUGUGACCCAUGUUUUUGGAACAUGUAGGACUCGGAGAAACAGCAGUUUGCCGAGGAGCUGCUUUCAUACAGUGACGAGUUCAACUCGGCUUCUUUCAAGGGAUUCGGCUCUAGUGGAGAUUUGGGGAAGGAAAUUGGUGAGAUGAGUUGCAAUGUUUGCGCUCUUCUCGAGGCCUCUUUGGCUAAUUCGCUAGAUAAUCACUGGCAUUCCUACCUGCAUCAGGGCCUGGUUAUGACAAGCUAGAAGAGGCGCUCUCAAAGUUUGAUGAUGGACCUUUUUUCCUCGGCCAAUUCAGUCUGGUAAGAAAUCAGACCUAGGCGAAAAAAAUAUGCUUUCAACUCGCAUAGAUUUUUCAUAAGAAAAAAAUGUUUAUUUUAUUCUAUCAUGUCGAUGUUUUGACUACAAUAUUGACCAUAAAUUUGGUAAAUUUACGAAAUUUAGUACAGCUGAAGGAAGAGCAAGUGUCUUUUUUUUAUCAUAUGUGGGUUUGCAGAUCGAUCAAUGAAACAAUUGCUAUUAGUGGAUAUGGCCAUAAUCUGGAUGCCAUUUUUCUUGACAAUGUCCACCAUCUUUAAGACCCACCCAUGAAUGCUCUCAGUAAAGUAUCCAUCAUGAACUCGUAUACUCAUUGCUCUGGUGGAGUAAAGUUUGCUUGUAGAUCCCAAUGAAGAAUCCAAAUGUUUCGGGCUAAUCGCCUUGCAGGGUGCAGAUCUAAUGAAGUACUGAGUGUUCAUGGACAUCUUAAAGAAGUAACCUUGUCAAAAGGUAUUAUGAGGAGUAUUAGAGGUGGAAGCCCUGGUAUUAGGAUGCAGAUGUGCCUUUAGCGAUGUUAACCUGUCUGAUAUGAGCAGGGAAAGUGGGAUUCUUUCUUAAUUAUCUUAGAGAGAUGUUUCUGAGGACAUUUUUCAUAUUUUAACCCAGGAUUCCUUGUUAUAUCCUACUUGGGCUGUUUUCUCAUGUGCCAAAGUAGAUUAAAUAUCUUAUUUAUCUUAUUUAUCCUAAAAGUAUCUAUCAUGCAGGUGGAUAUAGCAUAUGCUCCGUUCAUCGAACGGUUCCAACCUUUCUUUGCCGAAGUAAAAAACUAUGACAUCACUAAAGGAAGGCCAAAGCUCACAUUGUGGAUUGAGGUGAGAGAAAUCUCGAUAUUCUUGAACGUAUUAUGCAUAAAAAAUUAUUGUUUUUUAAAAAAAAAUCUGGGAAGCUCCUUUUUUUAAUCAUUUUUUAUCCUUUUUUUAAUCCUUUUUUUGUGUGUAUAUCCAAGUACAAAAACCUGAUAGAAUGUCUGAUCAGAUGUGUUGAUGUUUCAUAUGCUUUCACCAUUAUUAAUGGAUUGCUGGUGACAUUUUCCUAAAAAUAUCAUUCAUGCAGGAGCUGAACAAGCUUGAGCCCUACAAGCAGACCAAGCAAGAUCCUCAAGAGCUGCUUGGAGCGAUCAAGAAGAGAUAUGGGGUAAUGUCAUGUUAUUUGAUGAUUCACAACACGUUUAUGGAUGUUGAACAGCAUGAACUCAUCCCACUUUUUAAAUUCAUUUAUCUUCUUACUAAUUGCUUGCAGAUUGCUUGA